UUUGACGAGUUGUUUGUAUACAAAGAUUUGUUAUCGACAGUUCACACGUAUCGGACUACAAUGCACUAUCGUCAUUAACUUAACCAGACACAUUUUUAACUGACAGGAAGUGGGCACUUCUACAGCGACUAACACGGACCGAAACGAGAGAUAUCUGAUACAGUUCGCCAUUAGCCGAACUCUUGUAUACGGAUAUGGAUACUCAGAACCAGGGCAAAAGUGGCAGAGGAAGAAAAAGAGGAGGAAAAGGUAGGAAAGAUAAACAAAUGUCAUCGUCUGUUGGUCCGGAAACCCGCAGUACCAGUAAUAGAAAGGAAAAUCCAACAGGUCCCGAUGUAAACGAUACGAGCGGAGUUAAGGUAAAGGCAGGCAACAAGCCAGGGCCAAUCAGGCAAACUGAUGAUAAGUUAAAGUCGACUAGUCCCAUGGGUAAUUCCCAGGUCAACAAUAAGACGGCUUCGAAAAAGAGAACAAAGACGUCUCAAUCAUUUUCAAGGGAAUCAUCAGCGCACACACCGCCACAUUCUACCACCAGGAACAGCGGCCAGACGGAUGGCGGGACAGGGGAGGACCUUUUCCGGCAGACCAAGCAGAAAGGAAAGUCAAAUCAGCAGCCAUUUCCAUAUAGACCGGACGGGCUGGUGAGUUACAUUGUUGAAAUCUUAGUUAACAACGGCGGUUCUAUACAAAUAACGUCUCUACAAAAAUCACACAGAACACUUUACCGUGAUAUGCUCAAGCUCUCCUCCGAUAACACAUGUGAAGGAUUUAUACACGACCACCGCCAUGUUUUGAGAGGAAGUCCCGAUACGGGCAACGUCAAAAUUAUGUCUUUCAUUUCAUCUUUGGACAUCUGUAAGGAACAUGGAAGUACCGUUGGCUCAUGUCCCAAUGAGUGUAGAUCCUUGCAUAUCUGUAAAUUUCAAAUGAUGAAUGAAUGUUCCAGAGGAAAGAAAUGCCUUUUCGGUCACAACUUGAGAAACGAGUACAAUUGGUACGUGUUGAGAUCUCACUAUAUGGAGAGACUAUCUAACAAACAGAUUCGAGAAUUCCUGGGCAGCUUAGAUAACAGAAGGGGACUUACCAUACCCGGUAUAUGUUCAUAUUACAAUUCGAUGAAGGGCUGCGGGAAGCCAGACAAAUGUCCAUUUCUUCACAUCUGUGAACAUUAUAUUCGGGGUGAUUGCAGAUUUGGUCUGAAGAAAUGUUGUCGCUCUCAUGAUUUAUCAGAUAUCCAGCCGCAAUGUAUCCUUGAAAAAUAUGGGCUCAGUGGGACGAAAUUUUCCGACCUGCAGAGAAUCAUCCGCAAAGAACUAGAACUAAAAGAGGCAAAUUCUUCUUCCUGUGACAAAGACUCCUUGUCACCGUCAAAUGUUUACGAUUCAGACGAUGCUGAUGUCCAAUCCAACGGAUGUCCUGGCUCAAAUUUAUGUUCAAGUUACAGUCAGAUCCGUCACCAGUGGGGAAGAUCUGAUCACGAUAACGAAACAGAAGAUAUGUCCAGCUCGUCAUGUGAUGACAAGGAAUCUGAUGAAUUUUCAAAUGAAUACGGAGAAGAAGCGGGCGCAUACUCGAAAAACGACAGUGGUAUUCGUGGUCGGUUGCCAACUGUUAACAAGGAACUUCAUUGCCUGCCUGCAUGGACAUGUAACCCUACACACGAAUCACUACAACAGGCGCCAAAGGUCGAUGUGCAUGACAAGGAGGAGCAGAAUGACUAUAUUAUGCCUGCAAAGAUUUCGUCAAGUGUAGACAAUAGAGGUAUACAACCACAAGUGACGCGUAGCCCUGUUAGUAGUUAUGACCACUGCUGGCGGGUAUCUACGGGGACGGAUGAGAAGACUACUGAACUAACGGCCGGGGAAUAUCAGGAACUGGACUUCCUCUACCAAAUGUAUCUCCGAGCCAGACAGUGUACCAUGUCACUAAGUGGACGAACCAUGACGAUUAACUUUGAGACGAUGACCGGCAGUGUUACAGCAGGAGAGGACGAGGAAAAGCUUGUCAUUAGUAGGGAUUAAUUGUGCUGAAGUCAGUGAACCCUGACUCUGAUCAUCUUCCCACGUUAUCAAUGAAAUAUGUAUAAUGUGGCAUAUAUCAAACACUUUAAAUUUCUUGAUUCAUUAAUUGAAUAUAAGUCAAACUAUAUGGUUUAUUAUUCUACAAGAGUAAUACUCAUUCCAAUUUCCUAAGCUCCGUGGAUCAGAACCGUGGAUAUAUUGUCUAUUUCGAUCAAGAACUUUGCCUUUCUUGAUAGCAAAAUCUUUGCUUAAAAACCCUUCUGUGUUUACAAGCCACAGUUUAAUUUGUAUUCAAGAUCUUGCUGAAAUUAUCAUGACUCCCAUGAACGAUGUCGACUGAUGACGGGGAAAAAACAACACAGGGUUUCCAAGACGUAGGUUGAAGACGACUCAAGUUUUAUAGUCAUCAUAAUCAUAAUAUACAACAUUUGAUAUAGUGCCCUAUCUAGCUAGCACAGGCCACUCUAGGGCACUUUACAGUACAUACA